CUUCAGUCUUGUCUCACGACAUCGCCCUCUUCUCACUUCCACCUUCUCUCGCCCACCAUCACUCUUUUUUUUUGUUUUCUCUUUCUUCGUGUGUCUCCUUUGUAUUUCUUUCCAGAUCUGGGCCCCCCAUUCGCCGCUGUCAGUAACGUGUCAGACCCGUGGCCCAAGACCCGUUCAACCACCCCCCCCUCUCUUGUCACUCCUGACGCCGCGCAUGAACUCACCAGCCUACACGUUACCCACGUCCACCGCCCACCCCAGCCAACGCUGCCAUUUGGGACAACAGCAUUAAUUGACCGCAGACCACAGUUCUGCCCCAUCUCAGCACUACUGUUCAACAACACACCCCCCUCGCCCUUCGACCUGUAAUCCGACCACUUGCCUGGAUCACGCACUGGAUUUCUUCGAACCCGACCAGAUAAUGCAAUGACGAUGCGAAUCGCGACCAAAUCGAGCCCCCGAUCCCCUUCGUCCCCACCCCUUUCCCACGGCUGCGGCUCGUUCAGAUAACUCUAAGCGGCCACUAUGCAGACAGUCCCAAGCCUUGUUGGGACCGGCACCGUCGCUGCCGCUGCCGCUGCCGGCCUUGUCUUCGGCCAACCUACCGAGUCGCCCACGCCCUUGUCGCCCCGACCAUCCUCACCUCUGAAGAGGAAGUUGUUUUCCGAUUUCAGCUUCGACAACCCCCGAUCAUCACCCACCCCCCCGCCCCUCUCGCCACAAGGGACCAGCCCCGCCCCGUUCCCCCAACUCGCCGAGGCCGACCAGUACGACCAGCAGCACCAGCAUCCUUCACCACUGACAUCCAACCCCGUCAACAUCAGCCCGGCCACCGCCUCGCAGACCACCCCUCUCAAGUCUAGCAGCCGCCGGCUUUCCACCAUACGUGCGACCGAGGUGGCAGCUAUCGACACCGGCCGGGACUCGAUCUCGUCGCACGGCUCGUGGAUGAGGAGACUCUCUUUGCGGCCUCAAUCACAACAUGGGAGUGUGCGCUCCAUUGCCGAGCAAGACUCGGCUGUCUUCUACUCUCAAGGGUCGGGGCCGUCCACAUUGUCUCCCACGGGCUCUGUGGCCCCCCAACUGCCAGCCCCCAACAAGCUGGUAAAACGGCCAGGGGCAGAGAGCAUCUUCGCAAGGCGCGGCUCUCGUAUACAAGUCCCGAGCCUUCGACGACCCGCAACGAGUCACCAACGAUCUGUCACCAUCCAGCAGGUCCCCUUCUCCCCAUCGCCCGCAACCGCGAGAGAUGGUGUCUCGCCUGGUCAGCCAUUGCGUCCGAGAGCCUCGACGACCGGUCGACCGAACAAUGCGCCAUGGAGAUUGCAAGAGGUUGCUUCUGGCUGGACAUCGUACUUUCACGCGAGGAGGGUGAGGGCAUCGAGACGGAAAACCGUGGUUACACCCAUUGCGCCUAGCGUUGAGGGCAGCAGCCCAGUGGAGUCACAAUUACCAGGCACACGGAUCCACUUACAGCGUGGCGGCUCGUUACUUGCGCCCUAUCUUGUGAAUCCUGAGGUGAUUACUGGUGACCCCUUGAUGAUGGCACCGGUGGAACGUGAGCCGGAGUCGGCUCUGCCCGCAGAAGCUGCAACUUCAUUGCGGCAGAGCGCGCUGGACUCGAAAGAGCCUGGCGAUUCAUCAGAAAAGACACCAACCAAGGGAAGUCGACGCUCGCUUUCUUCGCAGUUUGGUGCAUCAGGUGGUUGGAUAGCGAGGGCGAGCAGUCUGCGUCGGCCAAAGAGGAACUCUUUAGAUCACGCCGGAGGAAGGCGUUAUGCAUCGGAUCCGACUUCCACUUCACCCAAGGCCACUCGUUCCAACGGGGCGAGGGCGGAUAUGGAGGCACUGUUCACGCCUCCUUUGUCCGCAUACAAGGACGAAAGUCAGAACACGGCUAGGUCAGUGUCUCAGGAGCCGAGGCGUGAUAUUUUGGCGUCCAUCCCCCCCUUGUCGCGAUUGUCAAGCUUUCAUCUCGAUUUGUCCAAGAUGGGGCCGUCUCCUCCACACUCUGCAGGACUCCAGGCACCGAGCCCCAUUCAAAUCAGCCCCACGACUGCGCCACAAGGUGCACUGUUCUCAUCUCAUAGUAGGGCGGUCUCGAAGGAAGGCGCAUCCACUCUGGCUGGGUCUGAGAUGUCGGUGCCUGGGUUGGCCUCGGGCGACGACGAUGACACAGAUUAUAAGAGUGAUGCGGUUUUCGACUCUUUCAGGACUAAUGACUCAAACCGCGUGAGAGUGGUCGAGACGCCCCUGGAUUCGAUGUUUGACGAGUCGCCUCUUGGCACACUGGGAAAUGUGAAGGCGAAGAGGCUUUCGAUACAGGAAAUUCUUGGAAACAACUGGGACGGAGACACCAGGAUCAUGGAGGAGGAUGAAGGGUCCUCAACUCCAAUCCGUGGGAUACACGGCCCACACAUCGCCGACGAUAGCGACGGUGCCGACGACCGAGCAACCGAGAUUGCCAAGUUCCAGAUCUCGAUUGGCAACAACGCCCGAAACUUUGGCAGGCUGUCACUGGAUACUACCGAUGAUGACUUUGACUGGGCCAGGGACGAUGAGGAUGUUUUGAGCAACCCACUGUCGCCGCCUACGAGCUCCGUCAACUCGCGAAGAGGUGUGAGCCCUCAACUGCGGACAGCUUUGGCUAACAUCAGUGGCAAUGCCACUCCUGAUUCCUACACGACUGGGGUCGCAACCGAGCGCCCGCGAAGCAAUGUUUUCGAUUGGAGCGAACCAUCUCAUGACAAGGCCGACGACAGCUUCACUCGUCCGAGGACUGCCCACGGCAAGCAAGAGCUGGAUUUGCGGGGCGGACGCCCACCAGUCCGGCCCAGCGCCCACGUCCGCAGCCAGAGCGUGCCUGUUGUUGAACCAGUAGAUAUCGUCAAGGGCACGCCAAAAUUUGGCACGUGGGGACUCAGUGCGAAGAAUGCCAGCGAAGACUGGGAUGACGACUUUGAGUUUGACGAGGGUAGCACCAGUGGCUCGGGCCCGAAGAACCCAGUCCAGGCCUUGUCCAUGAGCGUGCCUCCUUCCAUCCAAACCGCACAGGCGACCGUCAAGGCACACUCAGGCCACAUCCGAGAGCUGUCGUUACUUGUUGACAGCCUCAAGCGCAUCUGCAGGCAAGGUCGGGAGUUGAAUCUGCUGAAUGGUCAGAGUGCCUUGUUGUGGAAGGAAGCAGAGAACAUCAUCGCACUGGCAUCACCGGAUGAAGAUGAUGUGGAUGACAACGAAGCGGACGGAGACUCCUCUGACUCCCAGCCCUCCCCUGUCGACGAACGGUUCUUGGAUGGAGGCUUUGAUGCCGCGUCCUUGGACCGGGCCGACGAUAGUUCCGACGGCCAUGAGCCCGACAUCCCUAAGAACGCCGUGAUACGGGAGAGGCAGGUCGUGCGUCGUCGGUCUGUGUUUUCCCCGGAUGAUGACAUCUUCGGUAACACUUGGUCACUGGAGAAGGAGAGCACCAGGCCACACACCCCGAGGACCCCAGACCGCGUCAGGGAAUUCCACACCCCGGACGGCGCCGUUGUAUCCUCUGUGAUCGCCGCCAUGGAGCAGCAGCGGAGCCUGCCCGGUCGUCGUCAAGAGUCUCCUCUGAAGCCGUCCAAGGCUAAGCUCUUCUUCGACACGAACAGCCUUCACGAGCUCGUCAGGCGCGCAAGCAGCGUUUUCCACACCCUGUCUGACAUCGUCCGCAAGGAAGAACUUCUCUCGAUGAGCCCCCAGGCCACACCCACGAGGCUUGAUCGCGUCCGGCCCGGCCACGGCGGCAGCCCAGCCUUCACACGGGUCUUCACGGACCCUGAUACGAGUCCACCACGACACCUGGUCAGGAGCCAGAAGAGCCACUCGCCACUGCCCCGCAGCUCCCUGGAUUCAGGUCUGAAUCAGCGCAUGCAGAUGAUGACGGUCAGCUAGAAACGAGCGCAUCGCCACCAAACCACGCCGCCACACUUAUAUAAUGUUUGAUAACACGCCCACGCGAACAAGAAACCCCUCGUCCGCACCCCAUCAUCGGUAUCGGUAACGGCGGCCGCACCAAUUGUACAUGUACGAAUACUUAAAAGCUAAAUCAUUUUCGCCUGUGAUUUUCUCCUUCGGACGGCGGUUCAUUUGCAUAGCAGCCACGGAAUCGGAAAAAGCCCUGGCCUGGCGGUCUGGUACACGGCAAAAAGAGCCCAUUGUUUUUCAUCAUAGCAACUGCAGCAGAUCUGCUUUCUCGGGAAGUGAAGCAAGCGGUAAUACCAACAAGUCAGAGAUGGACGAUUUCAUUUUACAACUGUCUACAAGAAAUGGUUCCCCCCCCCCCCCAUCGGUAGCCUCACUCCUAGGCAGGCCGGCCUAGCAUCAGGGAUCUGGGCGGCACUGGACGGCACUGACCGUCACUGGGCUGCGGGAGGUUGAUGGCGGGGAGGGGGAAGGUACAGAAAGGGCCGACACGGCAAGGUACCACCGAGUGAGAAAUGAUUCGGGAUUUGCUUGUGGGAAUACGGAAUAAGGGAACAGGGAAAGGGAUCGGUCAGGUCGGUUCAGGCAAGGUGUUUUGGUUUUUCCCGCCAGCAAUCGGAAGCAUCAUGGUCGAUGUAUGCAUGGAGCUUCUCUCAUGGCUUUUGUAUUCCCAAGGCUGACUUGUGUCAUUUUGUUUUAAAACUCACUUUUUUUUUUUCGUCUUUCGUGGUCAGUACUCAUUCAUAGUCAUGGGCUCUCCAGUCCGCUCCCAUGAGAGCGGGUGGAUGCAGCCAGCCCCACGAGGGCGUGUAUGGAAAUAGACAGGCUACUGAUGGCUGCGCGAGA